CCUCGUGGACGGUGCACGUCACCCGCUCCAGUGGGAAAGCCACGGCAAGCCACUGAGACACGCAUCAACAGGCCUGCCCACUCCGCCUGCGGAGGAAGCCCAUCCAGGAGGCCCACCCUGGAACAACAGCUGUGUGUUCAGCCUUCACACCCCCUUUACCGAGCCCGCCGAUUCGGCCGCUCCCCCAGGAAUUUGCACGGAUUGUCCACAUGAGCUUCGCCGCAGGGCAUCUCGUGUAAGCUCAUCAACCUGUUGAUGCGCACACCCUUGUGCACAUCUUAUUCCCUCUGUUUAUCUCUACCGGUCCCCCCCCCCCCCCCCCUUUUGGGAUCCUUAUAACUCUUGGGCAUUUCAUCAUCCUAAAACCUCUCUCUCCCUCGUCACUGACGCAGGUGAGAGCAAGUCGGGUACUUCCUCGGUCCUGUCACACCAAGCCCCAUUUCACCCCCUUGCCGCACGCACGGCACAUCGCCGCAGCACCACAUCAAAGCAAACACACCCCUUAAACCUUAAACCUCCGCCGCGCAGCGUCACGUAUUACCACAUCCGACAUCAUGGACUCAAUACCAACGCUCAGCCUAGCUGAGCUCAACGCUGCCGCCCUGCAACAGUUCAUCUACCAGCCUGUCGACAAGGACAUGAUCAGGUACCUGGCGAAAGCUGCCGCCGGCGUGAUUCAGUGCGAUCCGACCAUGAUGCCCCCGCCAGCACAUGGCGCCCGAGCGAGACACCCGUCACCACGGCGGGAAGCCUCGCCAAGAGCGGUGAAGACGAGCGACGGCGGCCUGCCCUCGAUCGAGGACUUCAUCACACAGCUGGUCAUCUCCUCCAACGUGCAGGUGCCAACCCUGAUGUCAACGCUGGUCUACCUGCGCCGGCUCAAGUCGCGCCUCCAGCCCAUGGCCAAGGGCUUGCGCUGCACAACACAUCGCAUCUUCCUGGCCUCGCUCAUCCUGGCGGCCAAGUACCUCAACGACAGCAGCCCCAAGAACAAGCACUGGGCCAACUACAGCGUGGUGACGACGCACGCCUACAACUUCGGCUUCAACCGCACCGAGGUCAACCUGAUGGAGAAACAGCUGCUGUUCCUGCUGGACUGGGACCUGCGCAUCACCGAGGAGGACCUCUACUACGAGCUCGACCACUUCCUGGCGCCGAUCCGCGCCGACAUCGAGGCCCGCCACCUCCGCCGCAUGCGCCGGAAGCAGGAGCAGGAGAUGCGCGAGCGCCAGCUGCACGAGGAGCGUCUCGCCCGCCAGCGCGAGCGCGAGGAGGAAGCCCGCCUCUGGCUCGCCCUGGCGCAACCGCAACCCCAGGAACGCAGCAUCACCGGCACCACCACCUCCUCCUCCACCGCGACGACAACCGCCCUCCCGACCCCGCCCUCCUCCCGCGGCACCUCCCGCUCCCGCUCCCGCCAGGCCGCCUACACCCCGUCCCAUUCCCGCGGCAGCAGCCGCGACGUCUCCCCGCCGGGCCUCUACUCAAGCAGCUCGUCGUACGCGGGCUCGACCACCAGCUCGCGCGCCACCACCCCGCUCAGCGAGGCCGACAUCACCUCCGCCGCCGCCACCGCGGCCUCCUCCGCUGCCGGCAUGGUCGUCGUGUGCGACUCGCCCUCGGCCAUGGUGCACGGCGGGGAGGAGGCGGAGCACCAGGCGCAGCCGGACAUGGUCGUCUACGACGAGUGCGACCGGCCCUGCGUGCCCGAGAAGGACCCCGUCUACUACUACGCCCAGCCGCAGCUGCAGUACCAGUACCAGCACCCGCUGGCCGGCAGGAAGGCGCCGCGGCAGAUGCUGCCGUACGAGAUCAGCGCCGAGGAGCUGCGCAGCCUGGAGGAGGGCGCGCGCGGAGGGCCCGGCAAGAGGCGGAGGGGCGUGUUCGGCCGGGUGUUUGGCGGCGUUGGGGCGCGGUGAGGUAGCCAGGAGCGCUGGUCUUGCCUCCUUACCUGCCUAUCUCCCUGCCUGCCUGCCGGCAUGACUUUGACGACCUGAUUACGAAAUGACGGUGUGUUUUACUUAUUGGCAUUUCUCUCAGCUUUGCAUGGUGGGUUUGGACGGGGCGUCUUGCACUCCUGGCUGAGUGCAUCGCCUGUCUGACCCAAGCAAGACCACGGAGUUUCGGGGCGGUGGAUAAUAUCUGCGCUUGCUUGCUUUGGCUUUGACGAGAGCGCGGUUGCUCGCCUCUCUCUCUCUUUUAUUCCUAUGUAUACG